CCCACCUCGAGAUUGGUCUUUGUCCUCUCCUCAAGGCCUUAAAGCUGCUUCAUAUCCGGCCUUCUAAGGACCUGUUCUCCAUUCUUCAGACAAAACAUCACUUUUACAUCUUUCCUAGGUUCAUUUUUCCUUUCUUCUCUCGUUGUGGUUCUAUCUUGGCGCUAUCCCAUCUGUCGCUUCUUGACCCAUUGUGCUUUAUUUUUCCUUGACCCUCUCGCUACUACUACACUUGGACUUCUCGCUUGGACGAGGAUCCGUUUUCUUUUUGGGCCGUCAUCUUAAAGACCGAUCAAGCAUACCAGGCCGGUUGACCCGGACCUAUUCCUCUUUUACGCUUAAUCUGUAAUCUUGUUACAGGAGUCACUUGUGAAUCCCCUCACUUCUCGUUUCUACACCCCCACUACUCUUUCUCCAUGAUGCCGAAACACUCUCGAGCUACAAGCUCAUCUCAGAACCGCUAUAAUGCGGGUAUCCCAGUUUCUCUCGCCCCCUCUCCUCUAUACAACCAGCAGCGCAUGACCAUGCCGAACUACUACGGCAUGGAAACCACUGCCUCUUCUUCUAUGCCCCUUCAAUCACAAGCUCAACAACCUACAUACGAAUCCUACGCUACAACCUCCGCACCACCUGUUUCCGUACCUGCGCCUGUCCAACACAGAGCUAGUUCCGGUGCUUGGCAACCUCAAGAUGACCAGCAACUUCUCACUGCGAGGAUGCAGGGUCUCAACUGGCAACAGAUCCAAUCGAAUUACUUUCCCUCCAAGACUCCCAAUGCCUGCCGCAAGCGCCAUGAGCGAUUGUUGGAACGCAAGGGUGCUGAUGAUUGGGAUAACCUCAAGCUUCAGCGUCUGGCUAAGGAGUACAUGACUAUGAGAAAGGAGAUUUGGAGUGGUCUUGCAGCUCGAACGGGCGAGAAGUGGAACGUAGUCGAAGCCAAGUGCAUGUCGAAUGGCCUCAAGAAUCUGCAAAGCGCAGCCCGCGCCGCAGCCCGCCGCGACCGUCUCGAGUCCGGCGCUCUCUCAGGGUAUGACGACGACAGCGGCAUCUCCGGCAUGGGCCUGACACCGGUUGACGAACUAGACGCAUCCUAUAGCAGCCCCGAGACCACCGCCUCGUCCGUCGUGGCCUCGGCCAACACGUCCUUCCAGCAGCUCCAGCCUCACCACAUGGCCGCUGCCGUCCAGUACAGCCUCGGAGCCUAUGCGCCAGGCUACGGCGGUCACGGAUACUCUUCAAGCGUGAGCUCCCAAGCGAGUGCGGGUCAUGCGUAUGGCCAUCAUGGUCAUAGUCAGGGGAACAGUCCGCAGUACAUGACGCAGCGACCGCAGAGUUCGGAUAUGGGGAUUGGGAAUCUUAUUAACCGUCCAGGAAGAGGUGUUUAACCUUGCUCCAUUCUCUCUUUCACACGUUUGUUUCACGAAUUUUCAACAUAACCUCAUCGGAGGUUCUACCCACCCUCGCCGUCCAAUCUUUUUGUCAAUCCUUUAAUCCAUCAUACUGCAUGGCGAGCAGCAGGGUUCACGCGGUGUUUGGCGCUUUGGGCAGUUAUAACGACGAUAACGCAGGAUAUUUUGCUCUAUAGGCGUUAAUUGCUUAAUGUUUUUAUUAGUAUUCUUUCUUUGUCUGUUUGUUAAAAUGGUGGUCAGAAGGA